GAGAUAAAUGAGCCUUUAAAUCUCUUUUGUACAUGCUUUACAAGGUAUGAAUAAUCCUCACUUUAUAUGAGCUCACAAAAAUAGAUGGCUGGCAACUACUAAAUCAGGGGUGGGCAAACUUUUUUACUCGAGGGCCACAUCAAGUUUUCCACAUUAAGCAGAUCAUUUCUGGCAGUGAUACAAAGAGCAGGCACCAAUAAGGAAGUUUCUUUACCUGUUAAUGAGUAACAGAUGAGUUGUUAAUGUUCAACAGCUUAUAAGUACAUUAUGACAACACUGAGUCAACUAUAGAAGGAGGAUGCUGUAGAAGAGCAAGACAAUCAGCGCAAACUGCCGAAGUAUCUUUAAAGGAUGAUGAAGUGUAAAACAGACUGCCUCGAAAAGCCUCUGUCUCUGGCCUUCGAAAAGCUCGGUCGUGUUGUUGGUAGACAUCCGUGUGUGUUUGUGUUAAUACCUUUAUAUGUAGCUACUGUCCUCGGAGUCGGGUUUAUCUUUCUUCAGGAGAUGGAGGCAAAUGAUAUUGAAGACCAGUUCACACCCGUCAAUGGACCUGCUAAGCUGGAGAGGGCAAUUGUGCUGGAGAAUUUCCCACAGUCUGAAGAGUUUUCUCAGUUACGGCUUGUGUCUGAUGGCACUUAUGCUUCUUUGAUAAUCACAGGCUUGAAUGGCAAAAAUAUAUUAACUGAAGAGGCUUUUAACGACAUUUUAGAGUUAGACAGACAAGUGAAAAAUAUAAUGACAGCAAACAGUUUUGAAAACCUCUGUGCCAGAACAAAGGAAUCCUGUAUGUCAAAUGCAAUUUUAGACAUUAUAAAUUACACUGCUUCUGAAAUUACUUCUUCAACCAUAACAUAUCCGACGAAUAAUGGCAAAUUUUUGGGCACAAGUGUCGGCGGUGUGAAGCUAAAGCCAGAUAGCUCAGUACUGACCAGUGCCAAAGCAGUCCGGCUUUUUUAUUUCCUAGAUGAGGAGAUGACAAAGGAAAACUCAGACUGGCUUGACGGCUUUAUAAAAUUCUUCUCAAACUACACAGAGCAGACAAUGGUCAGUGUGUCUUACUUUACAUCAAUAUCAAGACAGAAUGAGUUUGAGACCAGUUCAGACUCUGUGAUCCCCCUCUUCUCCAUUACGUAUUUCCUGGCCAUUACCGUUUCAAUUAUGUCUUGUUUGAGGUUAGAUUGUGUCAGAACGAAGGUGUGGGUGGCUACGUUUGGCGUCGUCUCCGCUGGUAUGGCCGUGUUGGCCAGCUUUGGACUGCUGCUGUUCUGUGGGAUGCCGUUUGCCAUGACCGUGGCCUCAGCACCCUUUUUGAUUCUCGGUGUUGGUGUUGAUGACAUGUUCAUUAUGAUUUCCUGCUGGCAGAAUACUGAAGUUGAUAAAAACGUCGAGUUUCGCUUAGCAGAAACGUAUAAGGAGGCCGGCGUGUCCAUCACGAUCACCACACUGACGGAUGUGCUGGCUUUCUACAUUGGCCUUCUGACACCCUUCCGCUCGGUGCAGUCCUUCUGCAUGUACACCAGCACAGCUCUUCUCUUCUGCUACAUCUUCAACAUCACCUUCUUUGGUGCAUGUCUCGCACUGAAUGGAAGGCGAGAGAAAAGCAACAGACACUGGCUCACUUGCAUGAAACUCCCAGAAGCCAGUGGUGAUAGUAAAGGUUGUUGCGUUGGUGGCGCUUAUGAUAAAAGCACACGUAAGGAAUACGGCAUGCCAAUGGAUUCCUUCUUUAAAAACUAUUACGGCCCUUUUCUGACAACUGUGUGGGUUAAGAUGCUUGUGUGUCUGAUCUAUGCUGGGUAUUUGGCAGUCAGUAUCUAUGGAUGCUUCCAAAUACAGGAAGGUCUAGAUUUGAAAAAUCUAGCAGCAGACGGCUCAUAUGUGGGUGAUUAUUAUGACAAAGAAGAUGAAUUCUUCUCUGAUUUUGGUCCUAAUGUCAUGUUAGUAAUAAAGAAUGAGCAAUUUCAGUACUGGAACCCAGCUGCUCGUGAAAGUCUUGACUCGUGUUUGGAAAAUUUUCAAAAUCUGACAAUGGUAGAUUCAGGCAUUGCACCUAUUUCUUGGCUUCAUGCAUACAUGCAGACUUUACCGAAUGCUGAUUUAGACAAUGAAACACAAUUCAAAGGAAAAUUAACUUCAUUUCUUAUUCAGCAUGGUUUUAGCCAAGAUGUUAAUUUCACUAACAAUCAAAUUCAUGCAUCACGUGUGUUCAUUCAAACGGUGAACGUCAGCACGGCAAUCGAUGAGAAAAACAUGCUGAAUGCAUUUAGAGAAACUGCAGACAAAUGUGGUGAGUUGCAGAUGCCCAUUGAUCUGAUUGUGUACCACCCUGCGUUCAUCUAUUUCGACCAAUAUGCCGUCAUCAUCAGUAAUACGGUCCAAAACAUAGUGGUUGCUACAUGUGCCAUGUUAGUCAUUUCAUUCCUACUGAUCCCGAACCCUCUCUGCUCUCUCUGGGUGACAUUUGCCAUCGCAUCGGUCAUUGUGGGCGUGGCCGGUUUCAUGGCAUUGUGGGAUGUCAGUUUAGACUCUGUGUCUAUGAUUAAUCUUGUUAUCUGUAUCGGGUUUUCUGUGGACUUCUCUGCUCACAUAUCCUACGCUUUUGUGUCAAGUGAAAAAUCCUCAGCGAAUGAGAAAGCCACGGAUGCCAUCCAUAAACUGGGCUAUCCGAUUGUUCAGGGUGCCGUGUCCACUAUAGCAGGUGUGGUGGUGCUCGCAGCUGCUGAAAGCUACAUCUUCAGGACCUUCUUCAAAAUCAUGUUCUUGGUCAUUCUUUUCGGGGCCGUCCAUGGCGUUAUGUUCAUACCUGUGUUCCUGACUUUCCUUGGCACUUGUAGUAAGAGUCAUGUAAAAAAUAAACAAAAUCUCCCAGAGUACAGUGACACAAGUGAGCAGAGAGUAAAAGCAGUCAUGAGUCCCACCGGGCAACAGAUGAGUGUAUGGUGUGCUGAUCCGGACUGUUACUGAGCUUACUGUUCUGAAAUUAUUAAUCAAAGUUCAUUUCUAAAUAUACUAUUGUGCUCCGGUUUCCCCCAAAAUCUACAUAGAGACUGAAUUUUCUGUGUCUGUGUGUGUUUUCCCCCUGUGGUGAACUGGCCAUCCAUCCUGACUGUUUUCCAGCCUAUGGCCCGAGACACGCUUUACAAACUGGAUGGAUUAACUUUUUCUUUUUGUAUGAGCUUAGCUCUAUAUGAUUCUGAAUUAGAAGUCAUUCUGUUAUGUUCAUACUGUAUGUAUACACUGCAUCUUACAUGUUUUUGUGAAUUUUUUGUUUUAAUCAAGUUUAUCUUUUUAUUAUAUUUAUCAAUAUGAUUUUCAAUGUAGUUAUUUAAUAUUCACAUGCAUUUUAACAGCUUUGCAUUUGUAAUACAGUUACAAGUUUAAGUACAUUGAUUAAAGCACAUUAUCGAACAUUAUUGCCUUUUUAUUUUUCUUUAAAAGAGCUAGAUCUCAGUGAGUGAUGUAUGACACAGAAUAUGCACAAAUGUAAAAAAACCGGCUCUGCUGCACUGUUCUCUCUGGAUGUCAUGAUAGACGUGAGCACAGGCAAUGUUUCUUGGUCCUCGUUAAUACUUCAUGGUUCCCAAUCAAGGUGGAAAUAUGAGGAAACCAAAUGAAUGAAGCAAUAAUGUAAAUCAGCUCUGUUCUGCCUGGAGAAGUACCAUCACCAAUAAUUUGUUUGGAAACAGUAAAUUAAACCGUAAUCUAUCUAUUCUGUGUCUUACGGAGUGUGCAUCAAUGUUAACAUAAUUAUGAGUUGGUACUGUGUAGAUCAUAAUUUUACUUUAUCUAUAUAUUUUUAUGUGUGUUUAUAAUUUGGUAUAUAAAUAAAUAAUAGGGCUGUAAAAUAUAGGGCUAUGUAUUUAAGGGCUAUAGCAUUUGGGGCUAAAAGGGUUAGAUUGUUUGUGUCACGUGUGCUGAUGUGGGAUAAGAACAUAAAGGAGAUAAUCCACAAUCAGGUUUUUAAUGAGAAAUCCAAAGAAAUUAUACAUCCAAACAGUGUGAAACACAAACAUGCAGUAACCAUAGACUGUAAAAAAAGAUGGACGACGCGUCUUCGCUACCUUCCACUAUAGAAAAGUGAAGCGAAUACAUCUCAGUAUGGCCGCUGCCAUCUUGAGUAAAUGACGUCAUUUGUAGCCAGAGUCUGUGCAGUAGAGUCGUGAGGUGGAGCCGUGGAAUCAAACUCCGGCAGAGCCAAUCAACCAUACAGACACGCCCCGUUUUUAUAUAAUCAAAUUACUAGCUAAAAUCAAACGUAUCACAAAAACGAACAGAACCACAGCAAACAAAUCAAAUAAAUAAAGGAAAAAGUCUUAACAUUAAGACACUUUGGU